AUGAAUUUGGUAUGGAGGGCUGUACACGCCGAGGGCACACUCAUGGAGCAACUGUUUGGCGUACUCGCCAAAGUCACAUGGAAGCCGGUCGCGCACAUCAUGCUACUCGCACUGCUUCGCAACGCAUUUGUGACCUCGCCACACUACUUCCGAUAUUGGGACAUGGUGACGAGCAACAACCUGGCAGUGGCAUCCAUCCCCCCGCCCACGGGCAACAUGUUGGGCGGCGCUGUGACAUGCUCCUGCAAGCUAUGCAAGAAGUUUGUCAAGUUCAUACGCUCGCAAGAUCUCAGCAGGAAGUUCAUGGGCACGGAGACUGAACGAACCCAUCUGAUGAACUACAAGGCCGAGUUUGGUCUACAAUAUAAAAACACUGGCAAAGGUGAUGUAAGGACAUUGGAGCUGAGGAAGACUAUGAAUGACAAAGCUUACACUGAUCAGAAGAAGGCACAAGAUGAGCAUGCCUUGGCCUGCAAUCUCUGCCACAGUCUACUUCACCUCCGACCUCAACCGGACAACGUCAACGACACCAUCAACUUGCUCAACAGCGUUGUCCUGUCGACACCUCCACCAGCAGUAUAUCCUCACACCACAGUCCAAGUCACCACUCCCAUCACCAGCAUGAACAUAGGAGGUGGCGCUGGUGCUGGGGUUGGCGUGGCCCAUGCGCCAGCCGUUGCGCCAGUCGCUCCAGCUGUUGGUGUGCCGCCACAAGCCCGGCCUCCUGUAGCACAAAAGCAUAUAGAGAUCAUUAAUUUGGACGACGAUUAG